ACGGAAAACGGGCCGAGGAACAUCAAGCUGUUUAUCAACCAGCCCAGGACAAUCGAUUUUGAAAUGGCGAGCUCCAACACGAGCAUUCAAGACCUAACAUUAUCAGCCAAGGAUCUCGAGGAGGGGAAUCCGGUACCGCUGCGCUACGUCAAGUUCCAGAACGUGCAGAAUCUUCAAAUCUUUGUGAUAGACAAUCAGAACGGCUCGGAAACCACGAGAAUCGAUCAUCUAGUCGUAAUCGGCUCGCCGAUCUCGACUACGAAUAUGGGAGAGUUCAAGCGAGUGUCCGGCAAGAAGGGAGAAAGCCAUUGAGCGACUUUCCUGCGACAAUAAUAUAUCAGGAUAUAUCGUCAGGAAUUUCGAAUUUGCCUACUAACAUUCCCCUAUGGUUUUUUCUUCGCAUGGAAGACGAGAGGAAGGAGGAAAAGAAAAGCCGGUGUAACGAGAAUCUUGAAACAAUAAUAAAAUCCGAUUUGAUUACCAUACA